AUGGCCUCCAUCUUCAAAAAGGUCCAAGGCGGCAUCGAAGCUAUGCUUGGCGACGAGAAACACUCCCACGCCCACAUAGGGCAUGCCUGCGAUGAUUUGCACUCGGAAGAACACAGGGCGAAUCGAUACCACUCGUUUGCACCGGAAUCCAGUGGCGACGCCAAGUGGUAUGUGGACGGGUGCUCGUAUUUCUGGGCAGUCUCAGAGGCUCUAGAGCAGGCGAAAGAAGAGAUCCUCAUCUUGGACUGGUGGCUGAGCCCAGAACUCUACCUCCGUCGGCCACCGUCUCAGAAUGAGCAGUACCGCGUGGACAACAUGCUCAAGGCUGCAGCCGAGAGGGGUGUCAAGGUGCAUAUCAUCGUGUACAAAGAGGUCCAAGCGGCCUUGACAUGCGACUCAAAUCACACCCGUAAGGCGCUCGAGGCCCUGCAUCCCAACAUUGGUGUCUUUAGGCACCCGGACCAUACACCUACUGGGUACGACCUGGCGUCUGAGUUGGGCGAUGUAUUAGAUCACCUAACCAACUUUGACUUGGCAAAAGCAUCGGGCAGUGCUGUGGAGGCAAUCUAUGGUACUGCCGACGGUAUGGUGCUGUUCUGGGCGCACCAUGAGAAGCUGCUUGUUGUUGAUCGCAAGCUCGGGUUCAUGGGUGGUCUUGAUAUGUGUCAUCCCAUUGCAGACGCACAUCCUAGCAACCUGGACGCCAUUAUCUUCCCAGGCCAAGACUACAACAAUGCUCGAGUGUAUGAUUUUCACGAUGUCGGCAAUUGGAACCAGAACAAACUGGACCGAACCAAGAGCUCACGCAUGGGCUGGUCUGACGUGGCCCUGAGCAUGCAAGGGCCGAUUGUCGACAGUAUGAUUAUACACUUUGUGGACCGAUGGAACUACAUCUGGGGGGAAAAGUACAAAAACAAGGAUGGAGACAAGUACACGCGCUUACAGGCCGAUGGUCUGUCGACGUCUGGCGAACAGAAUACAGACGACGCGGACAAUGUCCUGGAAGAUCUCACAAAUCGCUUCAGUCGAGGCAUGAACAAGUUCAUGCAUUUCGGCGGGCAGGAUGGCAACGACAAUGUGCCUCGUAACGAUGGACCUGAGAGGACGAAGAUGCAACUCACGAGAAGCGCUACCAAAUGGUCUUCUGGCCAUCCUACUGAGCACUCCAUCGCCAAUGCCUACGUCGAUGCGAUAUCCAAUGCAAAGCACUACUUCUUCAUCACCGCUACCAGCAAGAAACAGUACCCCGUAGUCAACAAGCUUGGCGCCGUCAUGGUCGACCGCAUCCUCUGCGCGCACCGUGCUGGCGAGGCCUUCAAGAUAUGGGUGGUCAUGCCAGCGGUCCCUGCGUUCGCCGGCGAUCUGCACUCAGACGGCGCCCUCGGCACACGGGCCAUCAUGGAGUUCCAGUACUUCUCCAUCAGCCGCGGAGGCCACAGCAUCCUUGAGACCCUGCGCAACGAAGGCGUGGAGGACCCCAGCCAGUACAUUGGUUUCUACAAUCUUCGAAACUACGACCGCAUCAACACCUCGCAGACCAUGGAAGACGCGGAGCGAGAGGCCGGCGUGUCGUAUGAGGAAGCCCGCAAGGGUCAUGACGAGCAAGUUGGAGAUGGUUCCCACGGCGAGGGAAGAGAUGGAGAGGGCCAUUACGACCAGUACAGGCAGUACCAGAAGGGAGCCGCCCUCGUCGCAGACCACACCCGUGACACUGUCAGCUCCUGCUACAUGGAUGGCGCCCGCCUGUCCGACGUCGGUUGGGACGGUCCAGAUCCCGAAGCGGAGAUGGACGCGUACGUGAGCGAAGAACUCUACGUGCACAGCAAGCUCCUCAUCGCCGACGACCGCCUCGUCAUCUGCGGCUCCGCCAACCUCAACGACCGCUCCCAGCUCGGCACCCACGACUCGGAGAUCGCCGUGGUCAUCGAGGACCCGGCCCCUGUCGAGUCCAGGAUGAACGGCGCGCCCUACACAGCCUCCCAGUUCGCCGCGUCCCUGCGCAGAUACAUCUUCAGGAAACACCUGGGUCUCCUCCCCGACCAGCGCUGGGACGAACCCAACCAGAACUGGCGUCCCGUUAAUCGAGCUCCCAAUGACUACGACUGGGGCUCUCCGUCCGACUACCUCGUCCAGGACCCCAUGCAUCCUGAUUUCCACCAGCUGUGGGACGGCACCGCCAGGGUCAACACCGAGACAUUCAGCAAGGCGUUUCAUCCCGUGCCGAACGACCAUGUGCGCACCUGGAAGGACUACAAGGAGUUCUUCAGCCGGCAUUUUAUCAUUCCGGGCGUGGACAAGGCCGGGUCUGGCGACGAGGAAGGCGGCAAGGUUGAGUAUGGCCACGUCAUCAAGGACGAGUUUCCAGGCGGAAUUGUUGAGCUGAAGGCGUGGCUGAGUCGGAUCAGGGGGACGCUGGUCCAGAUGCCGCUGGAAUUUCUGGUGGAUGUGGACGACAUUGCCAAGGAGGGCCUAGAGCUGAACAGCCUGACCCAGGAGAUCUAUACGUGA